CAGGACCUGGGUCAUUUACAUGUGAUGUUGACCUAUGAACCCCGAGGUGAAAGGUUAACCGUGAUGGUAGUGGAGGCUACUGGUUUACCCCAACAUAAUAUUACCGGACCCCCAGAUCCUUAUGUUCGAGUGGAAGUUAUCCAGACAGGACGUGGUGUGGACAGAAAACAAACCAGAACACGAAAAAACACGACUCAUCCAGUGUUUAAAGAGACAUUCACUUUUACAAUUUCCACACAUCCAGAGGAUUUAAGAUACACCACUUUAAAACUAACUGUUUUUGAUCACGAUAGGAUAAGGAAUGAUGACGUCAUUGGUGAAGUGCGUAUCGGAUACGGAGCUACGGAGGAAAGUGGAUCGGAACAUUGGACUCGUGUCACUAGAGAUCUAGAGCGCGAGACCAGUCGAUGGCAUUAUAUCAUUGAUCCGACCAACACUGUUUAA